AUGGAUCCCGUGGUUGCGGACUGGCUCUGCAUCCACCUGAACUUCAAGGACUUGGGCAUCUUCGCUGAUCCAUCCGAAGUUCCCUUCCGUCGCCCUGACGGAUCUACAAGCCCCGGAGACUCCGCCGCCUUCUACGCCAGUUCGUCCGUUUCAUCGACUUCAUCCUUCAACUGUUGUUCUGAAGGCGAAGACCACGGCUCCAUCACCUCCACCCGCUUCUUCGUCAUCAAGCUCUUCAACUCAGAGGCCUUUGCCGGCUCCAAAGCCUUUGUUAACUCCAUCGGCUUCAUUGUCAUCAGACAUUCCGGCUCCGAAGACUCCACCGAAAGCUCCGCCUCGAAGUUUGUCAUCAGGCAUUCCGGUUCCAAAGACUCCACCGAAGGCUCCGCCUCGUGUGUGACAGGAAAUCCUCGUGUGAUUGACUUCCGUCCCCUGAAGACAGAGGUGCUGGACUUUGAGGGUGUUAAGGUGAAGCUUACGGAACCUGCUUUCGAGAGAUUCUCCUUUGGUUUGAGCUUGGAUUUUCACGGAGUGUUGGAUCGAUAUCACAAGAAGUCGACAAGCUGGACGGAUCCUAGGCCCGAGUUUCCUUCAGAGUGUGUGGCAGCCUUGCGCGAUCUUCAUUCGUUGAUUCCGCGCUACGGGGGCUUAUUCUUCGUCUGCAGUUACUGUCAUCACGAGGACACUAAAAGGCACGUGGUUGAGACGACAGUGAAUUCCUGUGAUACGCUUUUCACGCAGAUCGGGGAAUCGCCUAUUUGCCUCAUUUUCAUUACGAGGAAGGCCACUGGUCCGUUGGGGAAGCGUGCAGUGCUGGAACAUCUGGCAAAGGAGGUUGAGCUCCCCAUCAUUCACGUCGACGACUCUGCGGAUGUCUGUGACGAGUUGGCGGGCUCUGAGCACGUGAUUCCUCUGCAUAUUGCCAUUCCGAAGAGAUCCAAGGGGAGUCGUGGACAGCGCACUAUUUUUCCGCGUGCUCCCGUGCCUUCCUUUGACAGCUUUCCGGAGUGUACUGACGCUAUCGAAGGUCAGGUGCGGAAGUGGUUUCCGGACGCCUAA